AUAAUACAAAAAUAAUAUCUAAAAAUACUACAAUAAGAUCACAUUUCAAACAGCAGGUGUGAAGGUACUGCAACCUGCCCUACUAAUUCGCUGGAGAUAAGAUUAGAAGUCGAAUGUGCUGAUAAAGUCAUACAAAAAGAUAACUAGAGCCAUACAGUGACGGGCAACGUUUUGGCGAAAACGGACACAAAGACAAAAGAAGUGUAAAUAUAAAUUACUAUUGUGGUGAAUACUGAGUGCAAGUGACAAUGGUGUCGGUGCAAACUAUCGCGACGAUCGUCGUGAAGACAUUCAAAAUUGUAUUGAACAUAGUAAUUCUGGUUCUUUACCGAACUGGUUACAAUGGAGAGUUCUUGGGAGUGGGAGGUACGUGGAACCUCAACGAGGAGAAGAAUCCCGAUGCUGAGAUCGUGGCCUCUGGAGUCAUCGUGGGUUACCUCAUAUACACACUUGUGCAAAUUGUCACAUAUCUCUUUGGUACCACUGAGCAUAAGAGGGCAUUGUCAGAGAUAGUGAUGAACUUUGUGGGUGUUUUCAUGUGGAUCGCCGUGGGUGCCGUUGCCCUGCACUACUGGGGAGGUUACCAGGGAGAGCACCAGUACCAGUUCGUGUUUGCUGAGAAACAGGUGGGUAUUGCCGUCGGUGCCCUCUGCGUGAUCAACGGAGCAGUGUACCUCUUAGACACAGCACUAUCCGUCAUACACUUCACCAAGGAGAUUAAUAAAUAAAAACUAAAAGUGGAUCAUUUGUACGAGAAUUGGGUUACAAUAGCGCCUGAUUCGAGAGAAUUUUUGUGCGAAGUCGACGUAGAAACCGCCAAAAUUGCGCCUUUAACGGAUACCGUCUCUGAGUACGGAGGUGGCGCUCGAGUAGUGUGGGCGAUGUCGGCGGGAGACCGAGAGGCCGAGGCGCAAGCCAAGAAGGGAGAUGAGGCUGCGUCGAACGACCGGGACAGCAGGGCCGCGGCCGCGCUGAAGCAGUACUGGUGUGUCGGGCUACGGGCCUUGGAACUGAUCAUCGCAGUGAUUGCUAUCGGUCUCAUUGUUGGGGCUCUGUAUUCCCCACAAGUUGUGCAGUCGGACCAUAGGCAUAUUGCCGUCAUCUAUUCUGCCUAUUCUAGCUACAUCAUCAUCACAGGCGUGCUUAUCAUCGCGAGGCUGUUCGGAGAGUCGCCUGGCUGGAGGACGUCUAUCGGCUUCUCAGUACUGGGCGUCAUCAUGUUUACUGCGGCUGCUGCCGUUAUAUUCUAUGACUGGCACAGAUCUUACUACGCAAAUCUCCGUCCGAACAAGCAAGCAUACGACCUCCUUAUAUCUUCGGGAGUAUUUGCAGUAAUAAACGUCGUCGUAUUCCUUGUCCAUGCCUUCAUUACAUUCAGAGAGGAAGCAGACUACUAAAUAAUGGAAUCUCUAAAUUAAUUCUUAAAUUCGGCUGUUCUUCAUUUCUUUUAUUAUUUGGACAUUCAUUUUUGCUAUCAAAACCAAAGCGUUAUUGUUAAGUCACUUUCAUUUUACUUAGUUUUUUCAUUUUCACUACAUUGGAAGUUUUUUAAUGGCUCUCUCUCUUUCAAGCCCGUUGCAUAGCCUACGUAAUCAAAGAUCUUUUUAUUUUUAGGUUUAACCUUUAAGAGUAUUAUUUUAACAUAAUCGUAGUUAAGUGUUUGUAUCCAUUUAUUUUUAAGUGUAUAUAAGUUUAUCGAUAUGUUGCCUCAUUGUGUAGCUAAUGCUUUUUAUUUUUAUUUAAAUAUUCAUACCCAAUGUUGCCCUCAGCAGUAGCUACUUGGAAUUUUGAACAUAUUCAUUUUUCUCUAUUUUAUAUCUAAGCACAUUAUUCUAUGUAAGUAUUUAUACAAGCAGCUAUUUACUUAUUUUCAUUUGGAUACAGUCUAUUUAAGUAUCUACUUAUUCUAUGGACAGCUAUUUUCUUAUUUAUACAUGGCAGCAUUUAUGUAUUUUUUAUGUUGGCAAGGCAUCUAUUUAGACAUUUUUAGGAAGUGGGCAACUAUUUUAUUUAUUCUAUACAGAUCUAAACGGCAACUUUGUAAAAAUCUGUGUAAACUGGGCAACUAAUAAUUUUUAUAAUGACAGUCUAUUUAAUUAGAUUUUAUUAAUAUAAAUUAAUGGCAGCGUGUUAUAAAAUCCAAAAAUGGCAGCUAUGACACGGGCAGCUAAUUAGCAACUUAUAAAAUUUAGGCAACUUAAAAAAAAACCAUGGCGGCAUAAAACAGGCAGUUUAUUUUAGGUAUUAACAAUAGUUUUUAUUAAUAAUGGCAGGAUAAUAUUUAAGUUUUUUUUUUAAUAAGCAGCAAUACUUCCUUUAUGUGUAUAAUAGACAUCAAACACGCAAAGCACACAAAAUUCAUCAAAAUAGCAGACUAAAAUUUGCUCUUCACUGUAUUUUUUUGUAAUAUUGUUUUUUUUACAUAUUGUGUUAUGGCAGCUUUAUUAUUCAGAACUUUUAUUGUGCAGCCAAACUUCCCAAGAGUUAUUGAAAGCAGCUAUUUUUAUCACAAGAUUCAGCUACCAUUUAUUCGCGGCAGUUAAUUAUUUCACAGCUAACAAAUUAAUGCAGCUAUUUUAUACAACAAACACUGCUAUGAAAAGGCAGCUUUAAGGUUUAAUCAAUAAUAUAAAAAGUAAGCUUUAAAUAUCAAGGCAGCUAUUUACCUAUAUUGUAUUAUUUACCUACAAUCAGUAUUUAAUCUAGUUUCACGAAAAUCAGCUAUUUAUAUUGCAGCUAGUUUUUUUCCAAAUGGCAACUUGUUUAGUUAUAUUUUUAAUUGGCAGCAGUAGCUUGUUAUUCAGCCUAUUACAAUGCAAAAUAUUUCGGCCGAAAGUGCAAGUAUAGGAUUAUGUUUUUUUAUUUAAUUAGUAUUGUGAGACUGUUGUCUUACGUAGGUGUGGAUCGCAGAGGUUAGGGAUCGAUUAGAAAGCUAGAGAGUAAAAGAGUGUAAAGAAUAAGAAUUUUUGUUAUUUUGCUUUUUUGACGAAAACAUUCUAAAUUAUUGCGUUUUUAGUUUAGUUGAGGUUAGAUUAAGAUGAUUAUCCGAUUAUUACUGUAACAUUCCGCUAAAUUCUAAUUUAAUUAGAUUUAUUUUUAAGCUUUGUGGCUCUUACCAUUUUUAAAGACUUGUUUUGAAUUCUUCAGUAAAAAAAGUUUUGAUGGUUUAUUUCACACUUUCAAUAUGAUUAAAUUAAUCUAAAAAUAUAAUAUUUUAUUUAUAAUGGUAAGGGCCACAAUUAUUUCAUUAUUAUUACUUAAUGAAGCAAACCACCGUGCGUUGUUUUUAAUAUCUAAAACUUGUACUCUUCAAUAUUAUUUAUCCUGGCAACCAUUCAACAAGAUUCGUUUUAUUUGAAUUUGAAAUUAAUGUUAUGUUAUUUAAGUUGUUUAUUUAGUUAAUUUUAAGUUAUGUUUAGUUAUAUUUAAAGGAUAAACCAAAGCAGUAAUCAGUAUCCGUCCAGUGGUAGUUAAGUUUUCUCUGACAACUUCAGAAACAUUAUUUCGCCUUCAAAAAUAGUAAAACCUAUAAUAACUUCACUGUAGUGAUCUGAUUAAACGCAUGUUCUCUUAUUAAUAUUUCUUGUUCACGUUAGUUUAACUUUAGGAACUUUAGUUAGCUUUUUCUAUUUUAUUUUUCAAAAAGUAUUUAGUAGGUAUUCUUCAACUAUAGUCGUAAAUUCGUUUGGUAUAGAAUGUAGAAUAAAAUAUUUUUCAUCAUCAUAAGAUUAGUUAAUAUUAGUUUUAAUGAAAUAAUUAUAAAAUUACGUGUGUGUAUCACAUGAGUUGUGAAAGUUUAUGAUAAGGCAAAUAAGAUUUAUACGACAUUAUGUAAAUAAAAAUAUAUAACUUAUGUAACCGGCGCUAAUGUUACCUUAUUUAUUCCCCAUUUUAAUAACAAAAGGUACCCGCGUCACUCACAAACUAAACUCUUUCGGUAAGAAUAUAAAUAAUUGUAAAACCCAAUGUAUCUUGUAUGUAACAAUUUAAUAAAUAAAAGCAUUAAAAA